AUGACACUUGAGACGAUGGUGUCUACACUAGUGACGUCCUCGGACAGUGAUCUUCAGGCGUAUCUCUCGAGUGACCAAAUGCCGUCACUUCUUCACUCGCUUGAUGAUUAUUUGAUGCGUGGUACAGCGCUGCAGACACGUGCAGAUUGUGACAACGAUGAGACUCAAGUGGCAGCCGCCAGAGCACUCUCCGUCGACGCUAGCGCCGUGUUCUCGCUCUUUCUUCGUCUAACAGAUGCUUCAACGGAGUUGCAACAGCUGGCGAUGAACUGUGGGCUCUUGCAUGUUACGAGAUUGGUCCCAUUCUGUCAACUUUACGGUGUCAAAAAUGCGAAUGCCGUGGCGGACAUAUUAGACGCCCUCGUCAAUAAUGUCGCUACGUUUUCGACAACUGUGACAAUGUUGCGGCAACUUUACAUCCAGCAACUUCAAAACCUGCAUACAGCAAUAGUACAUGCGAAACGAGGUCAAGUGGUGGAUCUGAGUCGAAGUAUCUACGAGUUGAGUGUAUCUCUGGUCGGAAUGACGACAGCAACGUCAGUGACGGAGUUGCUGCUAUUGGACGGAAGAAAUAUCGAGAUGGAGCUCGCACUGCUGGAAAAGUCCAUGCUCUAUGGACUUAUGCAGUGUUAUGAGGCAUCCCUGCCGAGGUUGCAGCGACAUGUAUCUAAUUUUGACGAUGAGGUCGAGACUCGGCAGCGUCGGCUAAUUGCAGAGACCAGACAGACGUUUCUUCAGGUGUUGGGACGCUGUGUGGACGUUGUGCUGCACAAUACUAACUCGGCUAGUGGAGAGGAGCUUUUAGCUGGACUACAUGCUCUAAGUAAUGGCUGUUUGGACGACGACGCUGAGCAUGGAUCGUUUCUAAGCGAUCUGUGGUAUUUGUGCGAGUAUAAGAAGAAGAUUGCGGACUUUUUUGAUCGCUGCAAAUUAGAUGGAGAGAACUUUUCGUACCUGGAUAUGGUGAUAGAAGACCUUCCGCGACGACGCAUUCUUCCUACGAUGCUGUUGAAUGAUCUGGCUGCAGAGACCAAGCCGCAGGCGAUACUUUCUGCUAAUUCGAAGGAGAACGAAUCGUCUGAGACUAGUGAUGUGGCCGAAGAUGUGAUGCCUGCAAGUGCUCAGAUUGAUGAAACGGAGGCGAUGAUGGUUUCGAUGGUACAUCAAGUGAAAGACUUUUUCCGGAUCUGGGCGAUGGCUAUGUAG